GCUGCAGGCGGGGCGCCCGGGGCCAGGGAGCGUGGAGCGAGCUCCCUUCCUCCCCUUUUGGCCUGGUGGCGCUUCCCUUUCACGUUCGGCUUAUCUCAAAUUUCAUGCUCAGCUCCUCCAGCGCGGGUCAAACUGCACAACCCCAAUCCGUGGCAGGGGAGUCCUGAGCCUCUGGAGGCCGCUGAGGUUCAGACGAGGGAAGUGUCUUGACCCUGGAUCUGAGGGGCAUCUACACACUGUGGAGCUCAAGAUGGUCCUGAGUGGGGCUCUGUGCUUCAGAAUGAAGGACUCUGCAUUGAAGGUGCUUUAUCUGCAUGAUAAUCAGCUUCUAGCUGGAGGGCUGCAUGCAGGGAAGGUCAUUAAAGGUGAGGAGAUCAGCGUUGUCCCCAAUCGAUCGCUGGAUGCCAGGCUAUCCCCAGUCAUCCUGGGCGUCCAGGGAGGGAGCCAGUGCCUGUCGUGUGGGACGGGGCAGAAACCGACCCUGACAAUAGAGCCGGUGAACAUUAUGGAGCUCUACCUCAGUGCCAAGGAAUCCAAGAGCUUCACCUUCUACCGGCGGGACAGGGGGCUCACCUCCAGCUUCGAGUCGGCCACCUACCCGGGCUGGUUCCUCUGCACGGCGCCUGAAGCCGACCAGCCUGUUGGCCUCACCCAGAUUCCUGAGAAUGCUGGCUGGGAUGCUCCCAUCACGGACUUCUACUUCCAGCAGUGUGACUAGGGCUUCGUGCCCCCCAGAAUCCUCAGGCGGAGCCAGGUUGGGCAGGAGGUUGGUGGAGGAGGAGACCCAUGGACAGCCACCACUCUGCUCUCGGCGCCCCUACCUCUGUCUUACUGGGCACUGGCCACUCUCUCUUCUCCUGGUUCCUAGUUUGGGUAAAUUCUGGUAUUUGAGCCUCAGUCCACUGGGUUACCUCCCCCACUGGGUGGUGCUACUGGUUUGGAAACUUGUAAAAACAACAUGAGAUAAACUGGGAGAAACAUAAAGAGAUUUCAAGUGGGUGGGGUGGGGGGUGCGGUGGGAAUUAUUCAUGUCCAAUUAUUCACUAACCCAGUCAGUGGUAACUAACCCAGUUAGUUACCCAGUGGUAACUAACCUAGACCCUACGGGCCAGCCCAGCCCUAGUUGAGCCUCAUAGGGCCACCAGCCCUCAGACAAGGUCCUGUCAUUCACUGCUGUUCAGGAGAGCGAGGUGGUCACAGAAUUAGGGACCCAAGGUCCUCAGCUCAGCCCCCUCCCCAUCCAUCCCUUUAGUUCUGCUGCCAUCACCGUCAUAUGCUACCUUUUCCAUCUCUACCUUCCUCCUCUCCCCGUGGGCAUGAGAGGGUGCUGGUCUCAGAAGAAAUGGCUCCAGCUCAGAAGACAGAAGAUGAGCAGGGCAUGUCAUCCCUUGUUAAAACCCAAGGUGCAAUAAAAAUCCCAGGGGCUGGUCCCUGUUCACAUGAAAAGUUGCUCGUGACAUAUUAAGGGAAAAGAUUAAGUUAUAAAAUAGCAUAUCUUGUAAUUUCAUUUUCAUUUAAAAAAUACCUAUCUCUAUUUUUCUGCAUAGGAUAAAGUCUAGAAGCGUUUACUUCAAUUUUGGCAAUAUCAGGGUGAUGGCAGUAUAGGUGAUUUUUUGCUUUGUUCUUUUUAUUUAUCUGCAUUUCCUAAUUUACCUACAAUGAAGAUGGAUUACUUGUGUAACAAUAAGAAAAGAAAUUAACCUUGGGGUAAGCAGAGCAGACAUGGUUUCUGGUUGUCCCUUGGCCUCCACUUCCCUAGAGUGAAAUGCAAAUUGCUGCUCUGGUUGGUAGCAGCAGGGAUCAAGAAAGAGAUCUCAGCGAAGCCACUGAGAAGAAGGAUGUGAUGGGCUUGUGUG